UUUCCUGGAAGAAUGAACAGAAGGUCGUUUAUAACGAUGUGAGUGUUGUUCGCACAUUAUGAACUUUGAACAACGAUAACAGAAACCGCGAGUCAGUUCAGGUGAUGCAGUAACGAUUUAGGUCAUCGUGGAGUUCAGAACAUAAAGAAAGUUAAUAGUCUCGGACUUUCCAAUUUGGUCAAAACGCAACAAACAUUACCAGCGUCAUAACCUAACUUUUGUGCUUUGUGUUUGGAUCUUUGCUGACGCGAAAUGUGGGGGUUCGGGCGAAAAGUGCAACAUUUACCUGAAUCUACUGGACAAUUUUUGCCCGGGUGCAUGGACGUGAUGCUGGACUACAGCCCCGAGGGGAUCUUCAUGCGUUUAUAUUACCCCACUAGCGAGGACAAAAACGAUCCAAGUAACUGCAGUGGAUGGAUCCCUUGGAUGCCCACAGGCAACGGCUACAUCCUUGGAUUAGCCAAAGUCCUAUUCUUAUUCCCAUUUGUCAUCCGCUUCAUGCAGUGGUGGUCAGCACACGAUAUUCCUGUAAUUUAUGGAAGUAAACCAAAACUGGACAAAAAAUUGAAAUGCAUUGUGUUGUCACAUGGACUAGGGGCCCACAGAGCGCUGUACAGCAACGUUUGUUGCGAACUCGCUUCAAGAGGCUAUUUGGUGGCAGCUUUAGAGCAUAAAGGCGGGUCCUCAUGUUACACGUACUACUACAAAAACAAAGACGAUGCGGAAAAUAACAUUAAGGCACACGUGGAGUACGAGCAGGUCCAGUUGGGAAAGAAUCAUUUUGGCCAAAGGAAAAGGCAGAUUGGAGUGCGGAUUAAAGAGUGCAAUAAGGCGUUGGACUUUCUUUUAAAUCUAAAUAAGGGACAAGUGCCGCACAAUGUUAUAGAUGAUGUUCCCACGGAUAGGAAAAUUGAAUUCAAACUAGAAGAUUUAGUUGGCAAAUUAGACGUAGAUACUUUAACUAUGGCUGGGCAUUCGUUUGGAGGGGCAACGGCCCUUUUGACCCUUUCACAGAGGCCGGAAUUUAAACAAGGUCUUCUGCUAGAUCCAUGGAUGUAUCCAAUUAAAGAUGACAAUUUGCCCGAAAAGGUGCAACAACCGUUGGUUUUCAUCAAUACGCAAACUUUCCACAUUGUUUCUAAUGUUCAAGCAAUGUCGAAAUACUUGACUAACAACGAUAGGACUAUGUAUACAAUACUACACACCACUCACGAGCAUCAAGGCGAUACUGCUAUGCUUUUCGGGUCGUGGAUGAACUGGUUUAUGAAGAAACUUGACCCACUAGUUGCUUUAAAAAUUAAUAAUUGCUUAGUUCUAGAGUUUUUAGAUAAAUAUGUCGGAAGCCCCAGUGACAUCACAGACUGUAGAGAAUUCCUUGAGCUAGAAAAACCAAGUUACGAAGUAGGCCUAACUAAACCUUGGGCAUAGUUUUUGUUGUUAUUUUUAUUUACUAUUUUUUUAAUAUAUUUUCAUAUAUUUUAAAA